GUUUUAGUAAAACACAGUAAGUUAUAGUGGUCGGUAUAGAUUAACACAGUGCUGAUAAUUGGUUUCACCCUAGCGGCAGAUAGUGGCAGUUAAGGGAAUCUUAUCAGUUGCCUAGUGUUCGUGUGGCGAGACUGACGGACUACACGUCUCAUAAGCCGGUUCAGUGUCGAUUUAAUUAUAAAUAAUUAGUUCAAGUUAAUUAUUUAGUCAAUUAAUCAUGUGUUUGACUGUGGAUAACUGCUGUUGCUGCUUCGGCCUGGAGCUUGGUACUAAGAUCAUCGGCAUAUUAUACACUUUCCUGGCAGUAUGUGCGCUCCUGGUGUACGCUCCACUGGCGGCGCUGGGCGACCUGCCCCAGAGCCGGCUCAUCUUCUACGUGACGCUCUCGCUCCUGGCCUUCGCCGAGAUAUUCAUCGGGGGACUGUUGAUACAUGCCUCGUUUAAGAGGAAGCCGCAGUUGAUGUGGCCGUGGCUGGUGCUGGCGUGGUGGAAGGGGCUGGUGCUGGUGGUGCUGACGGUGGCCGGCAUGGUGCUGCUCACCUUCAGCAGGAACAUCGACACCAUCGGAGAGGCUAGCGCUGUGAUAUCCGUCUACUUCGUCUAUUCAGGUCAAAGAUCCCGCGCAUGGAAGGAUGACUAUUAUAGUCGUGAUUAUUCGCUAAAUGUAGUCUUGUUGUGUGCCUGUGUUUUGCUAGAUGAUGCCUCUAAAGAUGUUCUGAGUUGUGAUAUGUGUGAAUAUAUCUCUCCUCUUAUACUUCGCGGUGGUGGUGAACAGCAGACGGCAAGAGCUGGUGCUGGAGAACUACUGGGCCAACAAGCAUGUGCUGCAGCACGCCAAGACACAGUACUACUACGUAUAGACAGACACACCGACAGAGACUAUCGAAUCAUAGAUUUCGCUCUAUGGAUAUUGCCGCUAAUCUCCAUAGCAUCAACUCUCGCGGAGACUGACACAUCGAACGCCAACAUCACCACCUUGUACCCAGUCCCCAACAGGAACAUCAGUAGAAAUGACAUCCAUUCAAGAUUUAGCGACACUCAAACCAAACCCAGUACUACAGAAACUAUUGUUAACAAAACUGAUGUCACUAUAAAUAAAAGUGAAGCUAAUAAGACUGAAGCCAAGAACACUCUCCCCACACAAACUUGGAAGAUAGAAUCUUCUUUUGCACCAUCUAAUUUGACAGAAGUUAACAAUAAAACUAAGGAACCAAAGCAACUAUUGAAAGACUUCAAGCCGAGUCAACAUCUCGGGAGCUUCUUUGAUGAUGAGAACGCUGAGGUUAUACGCACACCAGCUGUCGGUCCUGUCGAGAAGAAACCUGCCAGUGGGUUCUUAAGCCCACCAAAAGAAGUUUACUACCAGCAUCCGAGCUACAAUAACAUCCCGAAGGAGAUCUACUACACCCAUGAGGAGUUCCCUUACAAGUUUGAAGACACCAUAUACACUAAGACCAGGGAGGGUUGGCAGGACUCCCUGGACUCCAAACCCACAGUCGAAGCCCCCGUGAAGGUUCCUGCUGGAGGUCUCUACAAGUCACCAGAAGCUUUCAAGGACAAACCUCAGAGUGCUGAAGAGUACGGUUUGGAGUAUCAUGAGGACGAGAAGGAGCAUGCUCUUAAGAAGCGUGUCAACCCGUGGCAGAACCUGCUUCGGCUGGUGACAGCUUUCAUCCCAGUGGGGCUGAUCAUCUCUGCGCUCACUCCCAGCGUCAUCACCAUCCAUAACGUGGACGACAACAUGUCAAAAGCCUUCUUCUCUCCCGUAUCGUCGCUCGGACCCCGGCGUGACAAACAUAACACCGAUCAGCGAGCGCUGCAGGAGGAGGCUGCUCUGCGAACUGCAUUCCGAGAGGAACUACGUCCCACCACGAACGCUGCCCCGGCGCACUAUGAAACAAUGCUACAAAAUCCACUGCGAGGACACGGAGGCUCUGUGGAAGAUGCUACGCUGGCUGUUCACCUACAAUCAGGAGACAGGAGACCAGAGAGGACGACUUAUAACUUGAAAACAUAAUGUCUUGAACUAAAUAAACUUGUUGAUUUUUUUGUUAA